AUGGGGUUCCUGGCAAGCCCAUGGGGCCUCCUCAUUCAUUUCCUGACUCUGCACCUCCUCCAGCUGGGAUCAGCGGACUUCAGAGUGGUGGGACCAAGGCGACCUCUCCUUGCCACUGUGGGGCAGGACGUCGUUCUGCCCUGUCACUUGUCCCCACGCAUGGAUGCUCGAAGCUUGGAGAUCAGGUGGAUCCGGCACAAGCUCUCUGAAACGGUGCACCUCUACCAACACAGAGAGGACCAGUAUGGCGAGCAGAUGAAGGAAUAUGCUCGAAGGACAGAGUUGGCCAGAGAUGGUCUCUCCAGUGGGAUCCUGGACUUGCGAAUCUCUGGGUUGAGACCCUCUGAUGAUGGCCAGUACGUCUGCACUGUGCGAGAUGCUGCCUCUUAUGGAGAUGCUACAGUGGAGCUGGAGGUGGCAGCCUUGGGCUCUGUCCCUCUCCUCUCUCUGGAGGCUUACGAGGAUGGAGGCAUCCGGGUGGUGUGUCGAUCAGCCGGCUGGUACCCAUCACCGCACGUGCUGUGGAAGGAUGGCAGCGGGCAGCAUCUCCCCUCGGUCUCCCAGAGACGUUCCCCUGAUGAGAGGGGCCUCUUUGAGAUCACAGAUGUCAUCAUUGUGAGCGGGAAGGGAGAUGGGAAGGUGUCGUGCGUGGUGAGGAACAGCCGCCUGGAGCAGGAGCAAGCGUCAUCCCUGCACAUCUCAGCUCCCUUUUUCCACAAUGCCCAUCCCUGGAUGGCAGCUCUGGUUGUGUUCCUCCUGCUUUCUGUGGUGUCCGCUGCCCUCAGUGCUUACCUCUUCCGAAGGAAAGGGACGAAAGGUGUAGGACUGGUGGAACAAGCUGCAGGAUUGGGGACGAAAGGUGUAGGACUGGUGGAACAAGCUGCAGGAUUGGCACUGGGGGUGGAGUUUGAAGGUAGCCCCAAAACCCCCAACGUGUGCAUCCGGAAAGCGAGGGGAAGUGUGAAACCCUGUGUAUAUCCUGUUGUCUGCUUCCUCCUGCAGCUUGUAUGGGUCCGGUGA